AUGUGUGUAUUUGUGGCUGCUGGGCUGAUGCAUGCCAACAAUGUGGAGCUUGCUCUUCAGAACGGGCUCCAGGGCCACAGGGCCCUUCUCCUGGCGUCAGCGCUGCACUGUCCCAUAACCCCGGUGCUCGUACAUCAACCUGAACGCAACGCCACACUCGCGUCAGCCGUCACCACGCUGGCAGAGAUCGUUCGCAGUGGUAAUGUUCAGUGUUUGUCCUUCCCUCUGUCUGUCGCCACCUUCUUCACGUCGACCUCCUGGGUCCUUUAUGGCCUCCAGCUCAACGACUACUACAUCAUGGUUCCCAACACGCCUGGGAUUGUCACCAGCCUGAUCCGGUUUUAUCUGUUCUGGAGAUUUGCAUCAGAUGAUCCCAGUUUGCCCACAUAUAAGGUUAUGCAGUUAUGAAAAUAACAAUGAACGUGAAAGAA